ACGAGAAAAAGAACGAAAUGAAAGUUGCAUUUCUUUUGGUAGCCGUUUUGGCGGCAUGCAAUGCCUUCCCUAUUGAGGAGCCGGAACAGGACAUGUCCAUCUUCUUCGAGCAUGUGGACCCCAACGCCCGCAUCGUAGGCGGCACCCAAGCCGCUAGAGGCGCUCACCCUCACAUGGUCUCCAUAACCAACGGUGCUACUAUGAGGCACUUAGUUUGCGGCGGCUCCGUCAUCUCCCGCAGGACUGUCCUCACCGCUGCCCACUGCAUCGUGCCCAUUCGAGUCGGCAACAAUGUUCACCCUAACGCCCGCGCAACUGUCGGCAGCAACCGUUGGGACAGUGGAGGUCAGAGGUACUCGUUCCAGAGAUUCGUCAUGCACCCCAACUACAACGCCAACAUCAUCAAGAACGACAUUGGUGUGCUCCACACCUCAGCCAAUAUUGUCUGGAACAAUUUCGUCAGUGCGAUCGUUAUUAAUUACGAGUGGAUCGGAGACAGGAUGAACUCCCGAGUUGCUGGAUGGGGCAGAACCAGGGCCGGUGGUGCUGUCUCUGCCAACCUGCUUCAACUGGACACGCAAACUAUCGACGGCAACCGUUGCGUGCGUGACGUCGCCGCCGUGGCAGCCAGCGUUAACAUAAUAGCUCCCGCUGUUGACCCAAGCAUUGAGCUCUGCACGUUCCAUUCUCGCAACCACGGCAAUUGCCACGGUGACUCCGGCAGCGCUCUGGUCCGCGUGGACCGUGGCCAGCAAAUCGGUGUCGUGUCUUGGGGUAUCCCGUGCGCCCUGGGCGCUCCCGACAUGUUCGUCAGGAUCAGCGCCUUCAGAGACUGGGUUGAGAGCAACAUUGUCAACUAAAUUAUUCUCAAUUUUCAACCUCAUGUUAAAAAAUAAGUUUAAUAAACUAUUUUCAAUUUA